CGGGCAGGGAGGGGCCGAGAGAGAGACAGCUGGGCACGCGGCCUCCGGAAGCGCCUUUCCCGGAAGGCGGAGAGGCGGUGCCGGCCUCCGGGGGCGGCCUUGGCAAUGGUUGCUGGGCCGCGGAAGCGCUCUCCUUAGACGGGGGAGCCGCGCAGCUAAAGAAUGGCCUCGGUCGGGCCGGCCACGCCGGGGGAGCAGGCCCCGGGGACGGAGGCAGGGGCUGAGGCAGAGCCAGGCCCCGCGGGGUCGCCGCCGUCCUCUCUGGGGCCUCUGCUCCCCCUGCAGCGGGAGCCACUGUACAACUGGCAGGCGACCAAGGCGUCGCUGAAGGAACGCUUCGCAUUCCUCUUCAACUCAGAGCUGCUGAGCGAUGUGCGCUUCGUGCUGGGCAAGGGCCGCGGCGCGGCCGUCGCCGCCGGGGGCCCGCAGCGCAUCCCCGCCCACCGCUUCGUGCUGGCCGCGGGCAGCGCCGUCUUCGACGCCAUGUUCAACGGCGGCAUGGCCACUACGUCGGCCGAGAUCGAGCUGCCGGACGUGGAGCCCGCCGCCUUCCUGGCGCUGUUGAGAUUUCUGUAUUCAGAUGAGGUUCAGAUUGGUCCAGAAACCGUUAUGACCACUCUUUAUACUGCUAAGAAAUAUGCAGUCCCAGCCUUGGAAGCACAUUGUGUGGAAUUUCUUACCAAACAUCUUAGGGCAGAUAAUGCCUUUAUGCUUCUUACUCAGGCUCGAUUAUUUGAUGAACCUCAGCUUGCUAGUCUUUGUCUAGACACAAUAGACAAAAGCACGAUGGAUGCAAUCAGUGCAGAAGGGUUUACAGAUAUUGAUAUAGACACACUCUGUGCAGUUCUAGAAAGAGACACACUUAGUAUUCGAGAAAGUCGACUUUUUGGAGCUGUUGUACGUUGGGCAGAAGCAGAAUGCCAGAGACAGCAAUUGCCUGUGACUUUUGGAAACAAACAGAAAGUUCUAGGAAAAGCACUUUCCUUAAUUCGAUUCCCACUGAUGACAAUUGAGGAGUUUGCAGCAGGUCCUGCUCAAUCUGGCAUUUUGUCAGAUCGUGAAGUGGUUAAUCUCUUUCUUCAUUUUACUGUCAAUCCUAAGCCCCGAGUUGAAUAUAUUGACCGACCAAGAUGCUGCCUCCGAGGAAAAGAAUGCAGCAUCAAUAGAUUCCAGCAAGUAGAGAGCCGUUGGGGUUACAGUGGAACGAGUGAUCGAAUCGGGUUCACAGUUAAUAGAAGAAUUUCUAUAGUCGGAUUUGGCUUAUAUGGAUCUAUUCAUGGUCCCACAGAUUAUCAAGUGAAUAUACAGAUCAUUGACUAUGAAAAAAAACAAACCUUGGGACAAAAUGAUACUGGAUUUAGUUGCGAUGGAACCUCUAACACAUUCAGGGUCAUGUUCAAAGACCCUAUAGAGAUCCUGCCCAACGUGUGCUACACAGCAUGUGCAACGCUCAAAGGUCCAGAUUCCCACUAUGGCACAAAAGGAUUGAAGAAAGUAGUACAUGAAACACCUACUGCUAGCAAGACUGUUUUUUUCUUUUUUAGUUCCCCUGGGAAUAAUAAUGGCACUUCGAUAGAAGAUGGACAAAUACCAGAAAUAAUAUUUUAUACAUAAUUUAGCAUUAUAAUACAUCUUGGCUAAAUAGUACCAUACAGUCUAGUCUCAAACGUAUAAAUAACUGGCCACAAAAAAUAGUUUUGAGUGUUACGGAUAUUUGUAAGAUAAGAAACAUUUUAGUUUCUUAGAGAAAUAAGAAAAAUAUUGAUUUAAUCUGUAUGAUUUAAAGGCAGAUUUUCCAUUUUCUUAUAACCUUAGGGGAUAAGAGAACUGGGUUUAAUUGUUUUUUUAAAAAAACAAAACAGCUAUUUCAGUUUUCUCUUGUAUAAUUUCAUAGAUCAGCUGACUCAUCAUGGUCUUUCAAUAGUUUUGUAAUUGAAAGAUUCCUAUUAUAUAUAGCUGGUUUUGUUCUUGGUUUUAACUGUUUUGAAGGGUAGAUGAAAUGAGAUGGGCUAGUA